ACAGAAAUCUAAAGGCUCCUUCCCAUAACUACUACCCUCCGUUACCUACCGCCCACCAUGCCGAUGGACGCGAAGGAGAUCGAACUCAAGGCCAAGGCUCUGACCAAGGCGGCCACCCAGAACGAGCCGCCCGCCAACAUCGUCGCCCUGCUCAAGGAACUACAACAAGGCGUGCGAGCGACGGAGGAUCUGCUGCGGUCGACGCGCGUGGGUAUCAUCGUCAACAAGUUCAAGCAGCAUAAGGCGCCGGAGGUGGCGCGGCUGUCGAGCGAGAUCGUAUCGAAGUGGCGCAACGAGGUCAACAAGCAGAAGGCGGGCGCAUCGCCGGGCCCCAGCCAGCGCUCGAGCAGCUCGCCGCGGCCGACCCCGAACGGCACCGCCGCGUCGACGCCCUCAGAUAAGGCCGCGAAACUGUCCGUGCCGCCGGACAAGCGCACGUGGAAGGCCGACGGGGUGGACGUGAACCAGACCUCGAACCGCAUCCGCGACAGCUGCAUCGGCCUGAUGUACGACGGGCUGUGUUUCAACGCGACGGAGGCGCCGCGGACGGUGCUGGCCAAGGCCUCGACCGUGGAGGCGGCGGCGUUCAGCGCCUACGGGCCGGAGACCAAGGAGCAGUACCGCACCAAGAUCCGCAGCCUGUACCAGAACCUGAAGAACAAGUCAAACCCGAUGCUGCGCGUGCGGAUCCUGAGCGGGGAGGUCACGGCGGAGCACUUCGUCAAGAUGACGCACGACGAGCUGCGGUCGGCGGAGCAGCAAGAGCGCGACCGCAAGAUCCAGAAGGAGAACAUGGACAAGGCGAUGGUGGCGCAGGCGGAGCGCAGCAUCAGUACCAGCCUGCAGUGCGGCAAGUGUGGCCAGCGCAAGGUGACCUACACCGAGGCGCAGACGCGCAGUGCCGAUGAACCGAUGACCCUGUUCUGUACUUGUAUGAAUUGUGGAAAAUCAUGGCGGCAGUGAUUUCUUUCUGUAUUUUCUGAUUCGGGGAUUACUUUUUUGUUCUAUAUCUUAUCUGCGACGGAGGGGCGGCGGCGUGGAGUUACUUUACCUUGGGCUGAUCAAAAACAUUUCCUGUCGUUCUUGACAUCAAGUGACCGCUUAUGUCAUCGUUCAUAACCUGACUGCAUAGACUGCACUGGCCAUUGCAAUCAACGUCAUUCGCCUUUCAUCAUUGAGCUGGACCAUAAGUAAUGGCUUG